AUGCCGUUUGCAAUCGCGUGUGUUGUACUGCUUACCAGCCAAGCUGUGGCGCUGACAGAGACACAGCCUCCGAUGGCGCGGCCGACAAGUGGGCAGCUGGACCACUUCAGCUACUCCAUGUACUUGGAUGACAAGACCGAGGACCCGCGCCGCCUGCACCUGCCACAUCUUCGACUUCGAGCUCCCCCCGCCGGGGCGCUAAGGAAGGCCGCCCAGGCUGCGCCGGUGAUCGCUGCAGCCCUCACGGAGAUCCCGGCAGUCCGGGAGCAGCUCUCCGAGUGGCUCGGCCGCGAUGUGCCGGCGGUCAGCGGCGUCGCCAAAGAGCUCCUGGACCUCGCCCAGAGCGAGGUGCGACGUUUGGGAGACAACUUGGUGGAGACUGCAAGGCAGACUUCCCAAGCCGCACAGAGGAAAGCCAAGGGCGCCGUGAAAGAGGCUGGCGACGUGGUCAAAGAGACUGUGAAGGAGCUGGAUGAGACAGUGAUCCUGGCCGAGCACAAGGCAGAGGAGCUGAUCCACCACAAGCCGCCGCCUCCCCGGCGCUUCCGGCCGUGGCUGGUGGGCACGCUGGGUUUCGCGGCCGCUGAGCUGCAAGUCGCGAUGGGGCUGCUCUUGCAAGAUCGCAAGAUGCUCGCCGUAGCGGUGGAAGGGAAGGUCAUGAGCAAUGCCUGGGUGCAGACGCGACAACAGCUGCCCGUUGGGCCCUUGGAACAUGAAAAGAUCGUCCUCGAGGUUGCGGAGCUGCUUCGCAGCGCUUGCAGCACCGACGGAUCCGCCUCAGCUUUGGAGGUAUCCUUGCGGCGGCCGAGUGGAGCCAGCGAGGCUUCACGGAUAUUUCCACUGACUUGCCCACUUCCGUCUUCGCCUUCCGGGGAAGAAAGUCAUCAUGUUGGUUUCAGUCUGCUGGCGUGGAUAGCCAGCUCGUUUCUCCUGCUGUGGUGCUUCAAUUUCUUGGAGGUGAAGGCCGUCCUGAAGCGCCGCAAUCCACUACUUUGGCUCAGAAGCUUGGGGGCCCUGGCAGCCGGUCUUCUGGUGAUCACCGACUCAGGGCUCUGUCGGAGGCCCACGACUUGGACAAACCAGGCCUUCCAGGCAACCUUGGGGCUUCACGGCGCCGCGGUGGCCGAGGCCGUGGCCGGUGUGGCCACGAGGCCGAAGGCCUCCAAGUUCGCUUGCCUUGCGUUGGAACACGCCGCAGCCGCAACCAGCCUGGUGUUGGCACUGUGGGGGUACUGUUCUGAUUCCACAGGUCUUCUGCUGGGAUUGCUUCCCGAAGUGUCAUCGGUCCCUUCCAGCCUCGUCUCCUUCUUGGGCUGUCGCAGGCGAACAGUACUAGAGCCAGCUUUGGCUCUCGCUCUUCUUGCUCGGGUGGUGCCUGUUUUCCUUCCCAUGGAGGCGACCUCCGUGCGAGUGCUCGCGGUGCUUUCCUGCGUAGCUUGGCUGUUGAGGCUCCCGAGCUUCGCCGAGGCAAAGCCGGAGCAGGCACAUGCUGGUGCCGAGCUAGAACUGGGACUUCUGCGAGGUGAACGUCGCGCAGUCGAAACUGCGCAGGAGCCAUGUCGAUUGAUGAUCCAUGAUGUCAUCUACGAUGUGACGGAUUUUCUGCAGGACCACCCCGGCGGGGCGGCGCCGUUGCGGCGCCUUGCUGGCCAGGAUGCGACAGACGCGUUUCUGGCGGUGGGGCACUCGGAGGCCGCCCGGCGGCUGCUUCAGAGCUUUGAGAUGAGACCUUCCGAAGGUCGCCUCGGACUCGCAGCUCGCGCAGCUCAGUCCAAGUCUCACCCCGAGGAGUACGAUCUGACCCAGGAGCCAGCUGGGGUUUGGGACUCCCUGCGGCGGCUACUCGUGUUGACUGCCUCCGUUUUCCUCCUGCUGGGCAUGCAGACUGCCCUCAGCGACGGUCACGAACUCGAGGCACCGGCUCCAGCGCCGGCACUGUUGGGCAUGGGUGUGGCCGCAGCCAUGGCCCAGCUCUUCUUCUGGGGAGUUCUGCCAGCCAGCUGGCAGGAGCCGGUUCGGCACCGUCUGCUGCUGAUCCCAGGCCUUUGCCAAGUUGUGCUGGCGAUGACUGUGCACAUGGCAUCGUAUCCCGUGCUGGCUAUUGGUGGUGCUCUCGGUUUUCUGAUGCAUGUCGGCAGAACGGAGGGCCCUGCCUCGCCCAGUGCUUUGGGCACUGUUGCCUGGGCCCUUCUCUUCCAGGCUUGCCUUCCUUCGACUUCCGCACAGCCGACAGGAGAAGGGAACGCAGGGGACUGCGUGCAGGAAAGAGUGGAAGGUCUUCUGAGACCCUCCUUGGCAGUGCUUCUGUUGGCUUUGGCAAUGCAGGGCCUGCUCCGGGCCCACGGCCCAGGUCUUGGCAGGUCUGGAGUUGCAGGAGUUUGCGCUACAGUGAUGGCGGGGCUCAGGAUCGCAGGUGCAGUAGCGACUUGCUUGUGGAUCCUGCUGAAGCAGCUGGAGGUGGGAGCGGCAGCCAGCCAUCUCGACGCCCUGGCCGGUGCUCUGCGCAGCGGCUCCUCGAUGCUCCUUCUUGGGCUCGUGCAGGCUGCUGCCACGGACGCUUCGGAGGAGUUUGGUGCUGGCUUCGUUAGUGGUUGGCUCUCUGCAACCGUCGGAUCCAUUGCUGCACUGCUAGGACUUGGGCAAGACCGGCGGCUGGGCCUGACCCUGUUGGCCUGGUUCCUGCACCUUCAUCGCUCGGCGGCAGAUCUGGCAACGAGGAUUGCAGAGAAGAGCCGUCCCGGAGAAGGAAGUGCCCUGCCGGAGGCUUCCGUGAGGUUGCUGUUCCUGAUCGACAACUUCAGGUCUCUUGUAGCCAUGGCAGUGUGGAGCUUUCUCGGCCGCCCACUGGAGAGGCUGGUAACAUGGAUGCUGCCAGGGCGGCUCCGCGUCUUUGCCUUCGAGGCUCCCAUCGAUGAUUUGGGUGGUCUCCUGCAGGCUGGAGUGUGCCUGAUGUUGGAGGGUUCCAGCCUUGCUGAGUCUCCGUCUCCCGGCCACGUCGUCUGUAAUGUUGGGCACCUGCCCACUGCCGACGACGAGGACUUGAGGGCGACAGUGCGUUCGUCCCUGAAAAUCAUGGAAGAGCUUUCGGGUGUGAAGGCCGCCUUGCGAACCAAAGAGGUGCAGGUGGCAGCGCAUCCACCUGCAGAUGGAUUUGUGGCCAACCUGCUGUGCGUCCUGCCGAAACCUGGCAGGCGAGGCAUCGUGCAUCCGGGUUGGCAAUCCGUCCGUGAAGUGAACCUUUCAGUCUGGUCGACAGAAGAAGCCGCCGUGUCCUGGUAUCGCCAGUCAGACGCCCAUGCUGCUAUCCUUUCGCAGCACAAAGAGGGCAAGCUUAGGACUUUUGGCAACCUGUUGCUGACGCUGAACGCGACAAAGGUCGCUUGGCAGCGGCGCUGCCAAGCCUGUGCCACCGUUGUCGAGGGAUUCGCGCAGGGCAGGUGCCACCGCUGCGGAGCCGCGACUUACGACCUGCCAGCCUUUUGA